CCCAUCUCCUCCUCUUUUUCUCACUCCCAGCGCCGGCUGAUGCUGAAGCCGAGCGUCACUUCGGCUCCCACGGCAGACAUGGCGACACUGACAGUGGUCCAGCCGCUCACUCUGGACAGAGAUGUUGCCAGAGCAAUUGAAUUACUGGAAAAACUACAGGAAUCUGGCGAGGUACCAGUGCACAAGUUACAAUCCCUCAAAAAAGUGCUUCAGAGUGAGUUUUGUACUGCUAUUCGAGAGGUGUAUCAAUAUAUGCAUGAAACAAUAACUGUCAGUGGCUGUCCCGAAUUCCGUGCCAGGGCCACAGCAAAGGCAACAGUUGCAGCUUUUGCAGCUAGUGAAGGCCACUCCCACCCUCGGGUAGUUGAGCUGCCAAAGACUGAUGAAGGCCUUGGUUUUAACGUGAUGGGAGGAAAGGAGCAAAAUUCCCCCAUUUAUAUCUCGCGCAUCAUUCCUGGAGGGGUGGCUGAAAGACAUGGAGGCCUCAAAAGAGGAGACCAGCUGCUCUCAGUGAAUGGAGUGAGUGUGGAAGGAGAGCACCAUGAAAAAGCUGUGGAGCUGCUCAAAGCUGCUAAGGACAGCGUCAAGCUGGUCGUACGAUAUACCCCAAAAGUUCUGGAAGAAAUGGAGGCUCGCUUUGAAAAACUCCGGACAGCCCGGCGUCGGCAGCAGCAGCAACUGUUAAUUCAGCAGCAGCAACAGCAGCAGCAACAACAGACACAGCAAAACCACAUGUCAUAGAUCUUGCAAGAAUAGCAACUUGACCAAACAUCUGAAAGUCACAAAUUUGGAACCGUGCUUCAGAAUCCCAGCACAUAGUAAAAGAAAAAAGGAGACACACUGAUAAUUAUACCUGUCAAAAAGCUGGGAACACGUGACCACGUGGUGUAUAAAUUCUUUUCCAAGGCAACUCGACAUCUUUUUCUGAGGCUGACACCCACUACUCACAUGUUCUUUAUAUACCCAGACCUUUCAUUCACAGCAGGGGGAAAUCUCACGUGGAAAGGGAGAGAUUUUUCCAGUCUGCACACUGAAACCAUACAAAAAGAAUAAAGUCUGUGACUUCCAAAUGAAACACCAGGGCCAGGAUUAAUUUUGGUCUAUAGUUUUUUUCUAGAGAUCAACAAGUCUCUCAUUAGGCUGUAGUUCAAUCUCCCUCAGUUCAAAGUGUCACCACUUAAACCUACACGUGGCUCUACACCCAACCCAGUUCCUCCUCCCUGUUGCUGAGUUGUCAGAAUUCCAGUAAAUUGUACAUUCAACCUUAUCCCCCUCUUAAAAACAGCAAGUUAUUAUAUAAUAUUUAUACAGUCUUCAGGUUCUAGAAGCAACUGGCUUUCUAUUUUCUGUUUCCGUGAAUUUUAUUAGGCAUUCAUAGAGUGGGGAAAUUUGGGCACAACUUUUAAUUUGCUAGAAGCAAGGCUAGAGAACUCUAGUACUGUAUUUUUUUUAAUUAUUGCUUGUAUUUAUUAUUAAUUCUAACAGAAUAUAAUGUAUAUUUAUUCCAUAAAAUAUAUAUUAUCAGAGUGUAUUUGUUAUAAACCCAGGUCUUUUCUUACCAAGUGUUAUGAGUCUGGUGAGAGAAUACUGGUAAUGAUCUAGCUUCAUGACCUGAUCUUAUGAUGUUUAUAUAGAGAACCCUGCUCUCGGUAUUUUUUUUUGUUAGGUUUUAUAUUUUUAAUUGCUAAACUGAAGAAAUCUGAAUCUCUACCUACAUUGACAUGCUAUCAUAGAAUUCUAUUCAUAUUUUAAAGCUUAGAAUUUAUAAAGCUAAAUUACAAUGUAAGUUCAUAUAUAUAUAAAUAUAUAUGUCACUCAAAUUUAGAAUCUUUUUUCCAAAUAUAAAUUGGAUAUUUUUGACAAUUUAAGACCAAAUGUAUUGUUCCUCUUAAAAUCAGGCAUAUGAUAUUGUGAAUGGAAAGAUGCUGCUCCUUCUAAAAGGGAAAAUAUACCUGCUUCAUUACAUAUAUUCAUGUAGGUAAAUAACAAUGGCAUAUCCUUCAGAAAGCCUCACUUACUGGAAAAAUUUCUUUGAGAACUACCAAUAUAAUUUGUUACUUUAUGUUAUGCCAAACUAGGCAUGUAGACCCAACUCUAGUCCAUAGAAUGACUAGAGACAAUAAUUAUUUUGGAAUAUCUUUGGCACUUAAAUACAUCGUAAGCAAACACAAGUUCCUGAAAUAAAAAUAAAUUUCCAUCCAAAGUAUUCUAGAUAUAGGUCAUUAAAGCUGAGGCAAAUAAUUGUAUAUUCCCUUUUCUCAAGUGCAGAAGCUUCAGGAUACAAUAAAUUUCACAUUUCAGAUAGUUUCAAAGUAAAAUUUUCUGAACUCAUUUUAGGAAUUUUCUCCUUAAAAAUAAUUUAAAACCAGUCUUUGAACUAAUAUAUUUUAUUUUUCCCCGUUGGGUGGUAUUUUUGUCAUUUAUUUUCACUUAUUUUUUAUCACCCAGGUAAAAACAAGCAGUAAGGGCAUGAAAAGUUAUACCAAUUUCAACAAAGACUUGCUGUGGUCAGAGAUACCCAUCCCUAAAAACAUUUUUCAGUAGAGAAAACUUGGGUGGGAAGGUCCUGAAUAUUACGUAAAAUAUAUUUACAAAAGGGCCAGCACUACUAAUGAGUAUGAAUGGAGAUUACAUGAGUAGUGUUCAGUUUUAAAAAGAUAUUUCUCAUUUUUAUAAGAAAAUUUAAUAAAUUAAUGGAACAUAUAUUUUACUUAUCAUUUUACAAAAAAAAAAUCAAAACUAUUCCAGUGAUUCCACUGAUUUUCACAAAGGAAAAACAUUGCAUCAUUGGAAUAAUAAAACAGCCAUUUCAACAUAUUUCAAUUCAUUCUAUGUUUGGAGCUUAAGGUAUAUUUUCAUUGAAUUUAGUUUCCUUGAUAAUUGUUUUCACUUCAAUAUAAAUAUUGUCAUGAUGUUUCAGAAGCAACUACCCAAUGAGCAAGAUAUCUUAUAUUUUCUGCAAGUCUUUGUCUUCACAUUUAUUUUGCAUAAUUGGUAAUAAGUGUCUGCCAAGUUGUUUAUCAAAGUUAAGGAACUAGGGAUGCAUCACACCUAAGUUUCUAAUGCAGAAUGCAUGUUGUCGUAUGCCAGGUACAAAUGAUAUUUCAGAUGAUCAAUUUUCUUCAGAAAAUUCUUGUUUUCAAAAUUUAUGCUUUCUCCUCAGGUUUCAAUCAAAAGUAAUCAUCCUUAAAGCAUUAAAGGCCCCUUAGGGUUGGUGACCAUUUUUUUUAAACCUCUUUCCUGCCUUGAUUAUUUCUGAAAGUAAAUAAAAAUAGCAUUAUUCAGUAAAAGAAUGGAUACCUGAAACUUUCCAUCCGUCAUUUACAUUUUAAGUCUUUGCCUUUUGAAAUAGAGCUUCUUCAGAGAGAUAAUGAGCUUAAAUUACAAUUGACUUUGGAAAGAAUAAUAGACUUUUGUGUUUCCUCAAUCAUGUAAUCAAUAGGGAAUUCUCUAGUUAUGUGAACUACCACUAUCUUUUAAGACACUGCUAAGAUCUCAAUACAAAGUGGAGUGGGGGGGGGGGGUGUUUUUUUAAAAAGAACUCAAGGCUGUUUCUGAAGAACUUGGCUUAGAUGAAUUACACUAAUUUAUAAAAACAGUUCUUAAGCAUGAUAAAUCAAACUGAUCUAAUGUCAUUUUAUUAUAGUCAUCUGUGCGAAUAGGAUUCCAAGACACUGUAAUAUUUCUUCACAUUAUUUUAAACAUCUAUAGGUAUCUGUGGAUGUGUGUAUAAUGCCUGAAUUUCUCAUUGCUUAGCUAGGUAUGUUCAGCAUACAGACACAGCCAAUUAGUAAAACCAGUACUAGACAACAAUACAAAGUAGAAAUCAAUCCUCGAAAGAUUCAGGGAGGUAAUGUAAGGCAAGAUUUCCCAAAACAUUGGGUAGAACUACCCUUCUUUUAUUCCUUCAAAUAAAUUCCACAAAGAAAAGGGUUGCUUGUCUUGUAGGCUAUUGUUUUCCAGGCAUCUGGCAUGAUGCCCAGCACAAUGCAGAGACACAGUAUUUGUUGAAUGAAUGAAUGAUUGAAUAGAGAGAUUGACAAAUAAAUGCUUUCCAAUUAUUUCAAAAAUGUCACCAGCUUAUAUAAUACUAAAAUUUCUGAAUUUUCAUAGAAUCAGAAAUGACUCUUGAUAAAUACUUUUUAGAUAUAUGAAUUUGAAGUGAAUUAAUUCAAAGCCUAGAAUUUGAGGACAUUUAGUUACAAAAUAGUAUUUAGGGAGUCAGAGUUUUUAUAAUAACUCAAAUUCAAACUUUCUAAUUUUUUUUAAUUUUUAAGAACUCUUACAUUUUUUGGCAAGGCCAAUCCAAACAUGAAGCUCUUUAUAAAUUUUAUAAAAAGUUAGGUCCUUUUUAAAGACAUAUCAUAUCAUGUUUAUUAUUAAUAAUUCAUUUAAUAUAAAAACUUAUGAAAUUUGGGGUUUUAAGAGGCAGUCUCCCUAAAUCAUCUGUUUUAAAAAGUGUGACUCUCGGGCUGGAGAGAUAGCACAGUGGGUAGGGCAUUUGCAUUGCAUGCGGCCGACCCGGGUUCGAUUCCCAGCAUCCCAUAUGGUCCCCUGAGCACUGCCAGGAGUGACUCCUGAGUGCAGAGCCAGGAGUAACCCCUGUGUGUUGCCUGGUAUGACCCAAAAAGCAAAAAACAAAACAAAAGUGUGACUCUUCUGUUUUAAGGAAAUAUGAAACUUUAUUUCUGUCACUAACAUAUUUAUCAUGAAUAUUAAUGACACCAGUUUAUUUUCAUGCCCAUACAAAAAGGAUCUGCAUUUAGCAUUAUUCCUUCUUUCACACUUGAUUCCUCAAAUUUGAAUUUAAAAUUCCCAGCUAGUAAGACAUUUCCUUCUUUUUUUAAAAAAAAAAACAAAUAUUAGUUGCUCUGCUAGUAUGGGCAAAGCUUUGGAAAUACAAUGGCAAACAAGAUAAGCAGAGGACACUCAGAGCUUACAGUAAGAUACCCUCAACACUUUAGCACUACAGCUUACUGCCAUUACUCUUCACAUCUGAUACAAAAAAUAACAAUCCUUCAUCCCAUGGAAAUCAUAGAAAUUCCUUGCCCAGAUUUAUGUGAGCAUGCUUUUCUAAAUAUGCUUCUCAAACACGCUGCUAAGUUUAUCCAUAUACUAUACUUAUACUCUACUGAGGUAGAAAAGUAAUCAUUUUAUUUAGUUCUUACUGUGUAUAAUUGCACUCCAUGCUCUCAUAUUCUAUAUUAUUCAGUACACUUAACAACUCUAAUCAGAAGUUAAGAGAUAAGAAUACUGAAGCUCAGGCAUGAAAUUUAUCCUAUAUCACACAGGUAGCAGAUGGUACUGGGAUUUGAAUCCAUGCAAGAUAUUACAACAGCUCAUGUGUCUAACCAUUGUCUGUGGUCUGGGGAUACCACUAAAACAGAUGAAUUACCAUAUGUAGAAGCAUUUUGGCAUUAUAAAGUAAUAUAGAGAAUCACCAUAGUGAAUAUUACAAUCAACAAACCAUAUCAAUGUCAGAAGUAGUGAGAAAUCAAUCUUAUGUUCUAUCUUAUUCUCAUAAAACAUUCAAAGCCAGGAACAUGAAUUAAAGUACAUAUCCAGAAAGUGUCUGAUGUAAUAGAUAUUUUAAUGAUAUUUUAGAAUUAUUUAAUGUUAGCCACUGUGUCUAUCUGGUGCUACAAAAAAAAAAAAGAAACAAAACCCCUUGCUGUAAGGGCUUAUAAUACACAGUGUGGAGAUGAACCAGUGAUAUUUCAUGGCUGCGGGAAAGGAUUGGGCAAUAGUCCUAUUUUCUCACCAUUGCAUGUGACCAUGUCUUCUAAUUGUUUUCAUUAUUUUUCUGAAAGAGCUGCGAAAUUGUGCAGUGGUUCAACCUGACCAAAGUGGUUAUUAUGCUGCUGGGAAGUAAAAGUAUUAUACACCAGA